GUAUAAAACGCCACAUUUACAGUAUUAAUCAUGACGAUGAAUCAAGACACUGAUGAAACCAAAUUUGAAGACACAAUGAAACCUAAUGAAGUAUUUAGAAUGGCAAAAGCUUUGAGAACCGAUCAUCGCUGUACACAUAACGAGCGUGGAAAUGUAGUUUAUAAAAAUACAAGGACGAUAAAUCAAGACACAGAUGAAACCAAAUUUGAAGACACAAUGAAACUUAAUGAAGUAUUUAGAAUGGCAAAAGCUUUGAAAACCGGUCAUCGCUGUACACAUGACGAGGGUGGAAAUGUAGUUUGUAAAAAUACAAGGACGAUAAAUCAAGACACAGAUGAAACCAAUUUUAAAGACACAAUGAAACCUAAUGAAGUAUGUAGAGCGGCAAAAGCUUUGAAAACAAAAUCAUCAUCAAAACCAGUAGCAAUAACAAUAAUUUUGGCGGAAAACACAUUGCAACGAUCGCAACACUACAAGCAUUGCGUGCAGGACGACAGCGGGAGCGGCGUGUGCACAUUCGUCGUGAACCCGGACACUGACGACCAACACCCGUACACGGUACCACGGGACGACGAGCACCAACCGCAUGCCGCUAACAAAAAUGACCAAUCAGGCUACGACAGUGUCGAUGUGGCCAGAGGACGACACGACGAUGACGAUCAAGUACUGGUGCUUCUGUCACAGAGCGACUACAAAAGGCUGUUGAAACAUAAUCAAGCUAGAAAUAUUAAACUAAAUAGAAUCACUAUGGGAUAAACUACGCUAAUAUUCUGUAUUUAGUCGGUGAAAUAAAUGUGAAUAUAAACAAAAUUUUAUUUUUUCA